AUGUAUCACUUCACUGAUGAUGGUACCGUUGUACAAGGAGACUUAGCAACAUCAGCGCAUGUUAAUGUUGCAACCGCAAGGAACCAUACUUAUAGGGACGAAUUAAUGCAACAAAUGCAAGAGAAAUAAAAACAAAGACUUCUUACAAAAGGUUGAAGACAGAGGCCUUGAUUACAUGCAUUUGAACACUCUUGGGAACGGAAGACUUCUAUCUAGAGGAGGGGGAGGAGCCCCACUUAUGGAUCAAUUUGGUAAUAUUGUAGCAGGUAGAUCUCCUCAUAAGAGCAAUAUGUUCCUUAGAUCUAAUAUUGGAACUCCGUUAGUAAUUAAUUCAGGUAAUGGGAUAAAUACAAUAAAUGCUCAAAAUCCUUUUAUUAUUCCAGGGGUUGAUCAAAGCCCUACAAAUGUAGUUUUAACUAAUGCUCCAAGGUUUGGAGAUGGACAACCAAUAUCAGGAGAAACUCUCUUAAUGCCAGGAGGUCAGCCGUUUAUCCCAUCCCCAGAAAUAUUUCUUAAUGGCUCACAAUCAUUGCCAAGCUUACAUAUCCCUGGCUGGGGUUCAGCUAUUGGAACUGAAAAAUCGCCUGUGCGUCAGAGCAUAACCGAAUAUAUAAAAACUGAUUCUGGAGUGGUUCCUGGAACUUCUAAUGAAAUUACUCACGAAAACUAUUUGAAAUACAGGCAAGUCAGAGAAGAAAAUGAUAGACUGAGUCAACUCGAAUUCAACCACUACAAGAAACUCCAUCCUGACAUGAACCCCGAAGACAUCAGCAGAGCUCGAUAUCUCUAUGGUAAAGACUAUCCUCCUAAGUCUCCAUAUCGAGGUAGCAACUGGUACAGAGACGAUCCGUACUGGUGGGACGACUACUAUUGGGGAAACAGACUUGGCUCCAGAUAUGGCUCAAGACAUGGUUCAAGAUAUGGCUCAAGAUAUGGCUCAAGACAUGGCUCAAGACAUGGCUCAAGACAUGGUUCAAGAUAUGGCUCAAGACACAGUAGAAGAGGCAAAUGGUUCGGAAAUAGGUAUGAUAAUUAUUACUAUGAUGGAUAUUAUGAUGAAUACUCCGACCCCUAUUACAAAGGCUAUGAUUAUGAUGACUAUUAUCGGCAUGAUAGGCUAGGUACUUACAAAGGCAAGAGAGAUCCUAAUGCAAAGCGUGGAGAAUAUGGACAUUGGCAUAAUGAUGCCGAGGCCAAGUUCCGACCUCCACAGUGGUCUAAACAGCAGGACUGGGACCCUUACCUUUGGAGGAGAAACAAACCACCUCCUUUCUGGAUGUACGGAGACGACAAGAAGACACACUGGGAGUUCAAGAAACAAUGGGAGCGAUGGUAUAAAGGUGACUCAAAAGACUGGUGGGACAAGUAUGUUCCUGAUGAUUUCAAAGGCAAAGUUGAGAACUUAGUCAAUGACAAAAUUCAGAAAGUAGCCAAUGAUUUAACUGAAAAAGAACGAGCCCUGUAUGAUCGGAUCAAGGUUCUCAAAAAUACUGGCCAGAAUGACGACGUCAAGAAGCAGAGAUAUCUCGAAGAAAUAUACAGACUGAAGAACAAAAUUAAGGAUCAAGAGUUGCAAGAAGACUUGAGACACAACUAUGUUUACCAAAUAAUGUUUGAAAACUGGAAAAAGAAGCAUAAAGCUCUUGCUCCUUAUGAUGGGAAAGAAAUGAAACUCCCAGACAUUUGAGAUGAUGACAGGACCAGAAGGGAUGAAUGGCUUGAGUUUGAUGAAGAAAAGCUCAAGUUUCCUUCUCCUGAAGACAUCAAUAAUAUGGAUAUCAAAGAUGACUUCUUUGAUGUUGACAAGUUUCAUGAACUCAAUGUUAAAAGACUGAAGAAGUUGCCACGGAAAAUGAAAGAUGAAGACAAGAGGUUCAAGUUUGACAUCAACUUACUGGAUGAUAAACUCUUCGGCAAACUUGACACUGAAAGACAACAGAAAGAGACAGGAGCUAUUCAAGUGGCACCAAUGUAUUCAUCGAAAGAACAAAACAUUGAUGGGUUCAAUAAUGAGCGUAAAAUAUAUGCGAAUACUUUGAAAAGCACAGGAGCAUUUGAUAGUAAGCUGAAUAGAAGUCCAAGUCAAAACAUAUUUGAUGAAGCUCGACCUAAUAAGUUUAGAGACCCUGAUAUGAGGAACUCGUCAGUGUUCAAUAAAGAUGGAGACAGAGCUGGUAAAUAUAAAUCUCCAUUGAAGCUCGCUUCAGAAAUGAUAACUUCUUAACAUAAUGUUCCAUAAAUCAGACG